AUGGCAAAAUCCCUCCCAAAGUAUGUAAUAAUUCAAUCAAACCUAAAUGAUAAAUACUUGCACUUGUACACAGAAAAUCCAGACGUGCAUAAUGCCCUCCGGUAUGCCGGAGAUUACAGUUUCGGGCUAGAGACGAGAUUUGAGGUGGUGCCGGCUACCACUGGAGCUGGACUCGUUCAUAUCCGGUGUUUGCGAAACAACAAGUACUGGGCAAAUUCCGGUGGGCCCCACAGAUGGGUCGCUGCCACGGCCGUCAAACCUGAGGAGAAUCAGUCCGACACACGUUGUACACUCUUCCAGCCCGUUUUCUUGCAUUCCGACAGCAACCGCGUCCUUAAGCUCCGUCAUGUCAGCACCGGGUAUUAUGUCAGGUUCUUUCAUGGCAGCGGCCAUUACGACGGUUGCUUGAGUUUGUCGCUUAACUACGAUAAUGAUGUGUGCACCUUCAUCGACUGGAAUUCUGUCGUUGUGUUGCCAGACCUUAUCAGGAUCAAGGGAGACAACGGGAACCACCUUAGGGACUUGGGCGAAGACGGGUACAUGGACUACGUUCACAAAGCCGAUAAUUCUUCAAGGUUUGAUUACGAGGUGUCUCCAAGUCGCGACGGAGGCAUCCGCCUUAGGAGUACUCAUUCUGACAAGUAUUGGACGCAUAAAGAUAAUAGUGAAUGGGUAUUGUUAAAGAAGGCUUCGGGUACAGUCCAUGAUACCAACACCGUAUUUAUACCGACUAUACUUGAUGGCAACCGCAUCAUCAUGCGAUGUUUGAAGAAUGGUUUUUUCUGCAACAGAUUAGAUCGUGGUGCUCACACGAGCUGCCUCGCCACGUUAGCCAACUAUCCCGACUACUGGAGCUCCAUGGACAUUGAGGAGCCUGUUAUCUCAAGGAAGAUCCAGAAUGUCAGAUACCACCUUACUGAUGCAAAGCUUUACAAUGAGAAAAGUCAUGCACUUAUCACCGACGAUUCGAGCAACAGGACUCAACAUCCCUUGACGUCGCAAUUAAAUCUCAAGACUACAGUUUCAAAUACAACCAACUGGAGUACGAGUGUGACGCUAAAAGUGGGUGUCAAGAUGAUUGGAACCCUUGGUGUCCCGCUUAUAUCAUCAGGGUCGCUUGAGAUUUCGGCUGAGGGUGCGAAAUCUUGGGAUUGGGGAGAAAUGAAGACAGAAAGCCUUGAAGUGGGGUCUGUGCGAACGGUCACUGUGCCGCCUAUGAGUAGAGUGAAGGUGAGUCUGAUGGCAACACGGCUUUCGUACGACAUACCCUUCUCGUACACUCAGUAUGACGUUUUGAAAGAUGGGAGUACAAAAGUUUCUGAAAAGAACGAUGGCGUUUUUACUGGAAAUAAUGGCUACGGCUAUAGGUACGAGGCCGCCCCGCUUCCUCUCGGGUAA